GCAGGGAAGUGAACCGGAAAUGAGGAGGGAAAGUUCCGGUUGGCUCGAGCCCAUCAGCGGGUGUGAGAGUCCGUCAGGAUCCUCCCGCGGAGUCGGAGCCGGAGCCGGGGCUGCCGCCGGAUCCUCAAAAGUAACUGAUCUAUGAAAUGGCAGAGAAUGGAAAAAAUUGUGAACAAAGACUUACAGGAAUGAAUAAGGAACAGCACAAUGGAAACUUCACAGACCCCUCUUCAUUGAAUGAAAAGAAGAGACGGGAUCGGGAAGAAAGGCUGAAUAUUGUCCUGUGGAGGCAGCCACUCAUUACCUUGCAGUAUUUUUUUCUGGAAAUCCUAAUAAACUUGAAGGAAUGGACCGUAAAAUUGUGGCAUCGUCGGAGCAUGGUGGUGUCUUUUUUACUACUGCUUGCUGUGCUUACAGCGACGUAUUAUAUUGAAGGAACACAUCAACAGUAUGUGAAAUUUAUGGAGAAAAAGAUUCUUUGGUGUGCCUACUGGGUAGGCUUAGGAAUUCUGUCUUCUGUUGGGCUUGGAACAGGUCUACAUACUUUUCUGCUUUAUCUGGGCCCACAUAUAGCUUCAGUUACACUAGCUGCUUAUGAAUGCAACUCAGUUAAUUUCCCAGAGCCACCGUAUCCUGAUCAGAUUAUUUGUCCCGAUGAAGAGGGUAUUGAAGGAUCUAUUUCUUUAUGGACCAUCAUCUCAAAAGUUAGGCUUGAAGCCUGUAUGUGGGGAGCUGGCACAGCCAUUGGAGAGCUACCCCCUUAUUUCAUGGCCAGGGCAGCUCGAUUGUCAGGUGCUGAACCUGAUGAUGAGGAGUAUCAGGAAUUUGAAGAGAUGCUGGAACAUGCAGAUUCUGCACAAGACUUUGCAACUCGGACUAAGUUAGCAGUUCAGAAGAUGGUGCAGAAGGUUGGAUUUUUUGGAAUUUUGGCUUGUGCUUCAAUUCCAAACCCUCUGUUUGAUCUGGCAGGAAUAACAUGUGGACACUUCCUUGUUCCCUUUUGGACAUUCUUUGGUGCAACUCUUAUUGGGAAAGCAGUAGUUAAGAUGCACAUCCAGAAACUCUUCGUUAUUAUAACUUUCAGCAAGCACAUAGUAGAACAAAUGGUGGCACUCAUUGGGGCUGUCCCCAGUCUAGGUCCUUCUCUGCAGAAACCUUUCCAAGAGUACUUGGAGGCUCAGCGGCAGAAGCUUCACCACAAGACAGAGGAGGGUAUACCACAGGGGGAAAACUGGUUAUCCUGGAUGUUUGAAAAACUAGUCAUUAUCAUGGUGUGCUACUUCAUCCUAUCCAUUGUCAAUUCCAUGGCACAAAACUAUGCCAAGCGAAUCCAGCAGCAAAUGUACUCAGAGGAAAAAACUAAAUGAGGCUGAUACAACUUAACAUGCCCAUUCACAGAAGCUAUAAUUAAUUGAUGGGUUCUAACUAAAUUGGCACUAUUAUAAACAGAGAAGAGGGGGGAAAUUGGCCCUUUUCCAAACUAAUAAUUUUUUUUCUGGGGGACUUGGGGGCAGUAUUAAAAAAAAAAAAAUUGUUUUUGAAAGCAUUUAGUCCAUACUUUUAAUUGACAGGCUUAUAUGUAAAGGUAAGAUACAUAGUUUUCUUAAUUGGAUCUGAGUUGGGUUUUCUGAGUUGGAUGGUGUGUGGCAUUUAAUUUCUUCUUAAGUUACUUCCAAAAUUAAUGAACAACAAUACAAUUAGAUACUUCAAGCCACCUCCCUCAAAAAAUUUUUUUUCAUUAAAUAUAUCAAGUUUAUUUGGCUUGAUAUAAGUGUACAUUUUCUUUUCUCAAUCAUCAAAAUGUAUAUAAGUAAUAAUAGAUUGGAUAACAGCCUUGCAUGCCUAUCAUGGUGAUAUUUAAUAUUCCAUCCUGCCCAGCCCUCCUUCCUCACCCACCCAGAAAAAAAAUGUCAUUUUAUGAUGCUUUGCACACCUCUGGGGUGCCUUUUUACAUUUUAAAACAGUGUAAGCAAAAUCUGGCUGGUGCCUCAUAAAUGAACUGGCAUCAUUUUUUAUUCUGUAUAUUUAGAAUGAAGUCACACACACAAAAACAAAAAAACUUUAUAUAUAAAGUCAUCUUUGAUCAUUCCGGAAUUGUGUCUGUCUUCUUGAGUGUUUUUUUUCCUCAGUCUUUUAUCUUUUACCACCUGACCGGCUGCCUUGGCCUGCUGUGUUUGAUAUCUCCAACUAACCCAACCUAGAUAUUAGUGUUCAAAGUUGGAAACUUUGACUUGCAAAGAAUCUUGGUUGUCCAACUAAGUCCUUAUCAAUUUGGGAAAUGAUUGUUGAUUUACUUAAAUAGGAAAAAAUGUCAGGCUUAACAGGAAUGAAAUUUGCUUUCAUGAUAUCAGAUCAAUUUUUUUUUAAUGCCACACCUUUGUUUCUUUAAGUUCCAUAACCUCUGAUUCUAACAAACAUGAAUUUGUGUCUUUGUCUAACUAUUUCCAAUGUUGUUCCCAGAAAUUUCUGGCAAAUGAGACCUAGUCCUUCAUAUUAACUUUGAGGGAAAUGAUCAUUCUUUUUUCCUUUAGGAAAAGUAAUCCGGGUUAUUUGUUUAGAAUGGAAUUUGGGUUUUAACCAAACUACAGAUCAUAUUUUCCCUCAGGCUCAUUUCAAGUGAAAUUGAUCAAUGUAUGUUCCAUCAAUCCUGCUUGAAUAUCCACUUUGUACCCAUCAUCGUCUGUGACAUCUCCAUGGCUGUACCGUCCUGUCAGAUAGCUUAUCAGACUGAUGUUGACUGUUGGAUCUCAUGGCAACAGCAGUCGAUGGGCUGUCUGACAUUUUGGUAUCUUUCAUCAGACCAUCCACAUCAAACUUUGUUCCCAUUCAAACAUCAGCCAGCAUCAUGGUUUAAAUCCAGAAUUUGAGUACAUGGCAACAUUUUCAUGCCACAGUGGAGCAGCAUUAAGGGAGACAGUAUUGUUGGGAAGAGUUUUGAUAAUUAUCUUCCAUGACCCAACUCCGUAAAUAAGUUAAAAGGUUUAUUGUGCAACAAGAUAGCUUCCUUUUUGACUAUCCAAAGUCAAGUUUGUGGUUUUGGAAGGGCUGUUGCUUUCUUACUGUGCUUGUUUUUCUCCAAGGAAUUUUUUAAAAGUGUAAUUAUUUGUAUUGGGUCUUAAAUAUAGAUAAAAAAGAAAUCUUCUGGUGCACUAAAGAACUAUCCAAAGGGAUAUCAUGACGCCACAUUGGAACCAGCAAGAACACUUACCAGAAUUGGGAUGUCUGAUAGGCCACUGAGGAUCAGAGAAAGAUUAAGGACUUGUCCAAAGUCACAUAAUAACCAUAAGGAUUAGACGCUUAUCUUUUAAUAAAAGUGAAGUGUUGGAUUUUUGAUAUUUUCCAAGUGAUCCAUUGUUUAUUUUACAUUCAGAGUUUGGUCACUCUGUCAAUAAGCCUGUCCUUCAGAGUUACUUGGAUUUUGUGUUUUUUCUUUAAAGCAUUUUCUAGCCCUUGGAAGUCUCAUUCAUAUGAAUUUGAGUAUACUUUCAGAAGGCAAGAAAUGCCAUUUGCAUUUAUACCUAUCAACUUGCAGGAUUUGAAGAGGUGGAUUCUUAAUGACAACUUUUAAGUUUUCCAGAACUGCCUGGAAAGUGUUAGAUGAUUCUACUUAUGGAUAAUCCAAAUGAAUCACUUUUGAGUCCAAUAGUUGCUCCCUUCAUAAUUAGUAAAUGAUCAGAUGUCCCAGUUCUAAAUCAUUUCAUUUCCUUGCCUAGUUCCUAUCAGAAACUAUGGUGUCCUGUCCACUAAGGUAGACAAAUUAAAAGUGGUCCCUGGAUUUUCUUUUAUCAGCAAGCAGAGGAGAAUGUCCCACUUAGUGGGAAGAGAGGUUUACAGAUGUAUGGCUUUUAUAUCUGUACAAAUUAAAAUAAGAAUUUGAUGGCAUCUA